CAACACUCACAUCACGGUCAUGUCUAGCAUCAUCUACGGCGGGAACAAAUCCGACGAUAACUGCACCAACGUGGACAACCUAAUGAAACACUACUACCUGCCCGUCAUGUACAGUGUCAUUUUCGUUGUGGGGCUGCUGGGUAAUGUCACCGCCAUCGCCAUCUACCUGGCCAAGCUACGACCCUGGAAGUCCAGCAGUAUCAUUAAGUUCAACCUGGCGUUGACGGAUCUUCUGUAUGUUCUGAGUCUGCCUUUCAUGGUCUACUACUACAACAACGGUGAAUCCUGGAACCUGGGCGACUUCAUGUGUCGCUUUCUGCGUUUCGGGUCCCAGUUUAACCUAUAUGGUAGAAUACUGUUUCUCACCUGUUUGGCUGUGUUUCGAUAUGUCGUGGCGGCACAUCCUGUGAGGGCGGCGCAGGUGCAGCAGAGAGGGGGGGUUUCUGCAUGCGCUGCGGUCUGGGCUAUAGCCGUGGUAGAGAUCGUGCCCAUGCUCACCAUGAUCACCAUGGAGACUAAAAACAACAAGACCCACUGUUUGGACUUUGCUAGCGGCGACCUGGCUGUCCUGUUGUGGUACGGUUGGCUGCUGACCGUGCUGGGCUACCUGCUGCCCCUGGUGGUGGUGGUGGUGUGUUACGCCGGUGUGGUCCAUAAACUAGCCACGGGGCCCUACACCCACAACCCUCCCCGGGUGCGGGCACGCUGCCUCAACGUACUGAUCCUGGUGGUGUUCGUGGUAUGCUUCCUGCCGUACCACGUCCUGAGGAUCCUAAGAGUAGACACCAGGAGGAAGCCUGAGUCGUCAUGUAUGCUGGUGCACUGGGUCCACAUCGCUUAUAUCCUGUCCAGGCCCAUAGCGGGGCUCAACACCUUCUUUAACCUGGCUCUGUAGCCCCUGGUGGACCAAGUUCAGGACUCACCUCAAACUCAGCCUGGCUGUCGUCAGUAAGUCCAGUAACACAGCUUCAGCCGAAAGGCCAGCAGCCACGGCAUGAAAUAAGGACAUGAGAUAUAAUCCAGUGUUCUGUUUCAUUCUGUGUGGACAUUACUAUCAUGGCAAUAUAUUGUCCUACAAUAUUCGAUAUACUGUACUGUGAUCCUGUAAAUAGAAAACCUUUUAUCAGAUUUUAUUAUACGCCAACAUGAGGUUUACAACAUUGA